UCUUUUUUCUAAAUUUGAAAUUUAACUUGCCACAAUUGCGACAUACAUAAUUCAAAGAAACACUUGUAUAGCAUGCACAUGUAUAUACAACAAGCAACUUUGUUUUUUAUAGAUUAUAUCGCUGCUACAUUUUUCUGUCGCACAUCAUCAAUGUGACAUAAAAUAUGUUGCACUAAAAAGUGCGUAUUAAAGGAAAUAUAGCAAUAACAAUCACAAAUUGUGAUCAUGAGGUCGCAAUGAUAUUUCUAAACAGACAAAAAAUUCGCAGAUUUGGAUAUUUAAUUAUAAAGCAAAGCUAUAUAAUUUUUUAAUACAAUACUCCGCUUGUGGAAAUUCAGUUAUGCUUAAAGGUUAUACGAUAACUGCGUUUUUGACGGUUUUUACAUGUUCAUCUUUUGGAUGUAAUUAUAUCUGUAAUAGCGAUGGCUGCAAAAGACCGACAAAUAAUUCGAAAUAUAUUUAUAUGAAAUAUUGUGCAAAUGAAGAUAUAUUCACUAAUGUUAACUUUUCAAUAAUAGAAGAUCAAAAUGCUUCCGAAUCUCUUGCUAUUUUACAAAUUAAUCUGCAACCGCCAAAAAAUAGAUGUAAAUAUGUAUUGACUUUAUUAGCAAAUCCAUCAGUUAGUGAAACAAGAUGUAUGAAUUAUAAAUUUCACAAUUUUCGUGGAACUGAAACACAUACUAAAAGUGCCAUAUGUUUUGUUCCAGAUGAGGAACAAUAUCAGAAUACUACUAGAAUUUUCGUUCCAUAUAUAUUUACAGCAUGUUAUUCUGUACAAUUUUUUUUUGGUAAAGAUGCAACAAUGAUAAAGCAUAAUAAAUUCAUAAAAACUAAAUACAUACAAACAGCAAUCAUGAAACCAACAUUAGAAUGUACAUAUGACUACAAUACUUUUCCCGAUAACAUAGAGAAAAAAACGGGACAUCUUGAGGUACACCUUCAUAAACCUAUGGUUACAGCUGGAGUAAUAAAAUUGGGCAGACUUUGGUAUGAUUCGUCUGGGAAUGAAAGGUGUUCUUUUAAUAAUGAAGAAUUUUCAAAUGAUGUCUGGAGUUUUGAUGUUUUGGAUGAAUAUUUAGGAAAUAAAAAUCAUGAUUUUAAUACAACUUUGCUAAUGAAUGAAAUAUAUAAAAGAAAUUUGACAUUUCAAACUGAAAUUUCACAAAAGGCAAAUUAUUGUAUUUCAAUAUUUCCAUAUCAUGAUAUAAGAUGUAUAAAUAACACAUUAUGGAAGCCCAAUGAUACAUGUCUUUGGUACCAAAGCUGUAAAAAUAUUACUAUUUACAAUCUUGGUAUACAAACUAAUAUUAAUUAUGAUACAGUUUCUCAUUUGUAUCUACCAAUCACUAUUAUUGCAUUAACUGUAUUUACAAUUACUAUGUAUUUCAUUUACAUCAUACAUUUUUGUAAUAUACGAAAGAAAAGUUUUUAUACAAAUAGUUUGAAUAGAAACAUUCUUAAAACUAAUGAAACUAAAUGUAUGAAAUCAAAGAUAUAUACCUCGAUAGACUACCAGAAAAAAGUAAAAUGUAAAGACGAUAAUAUUACAAACACAGAUAUUGUAUUGCUAUAUCCUAAAGGUUCUGAAUCGUUUAUGGCAUUGAUGGCAGAUUUUCGUGGAUUACUUAACCAAAUUUGUGUUGUACAUGAUUGGUAUGAUGGAAAAGAGUGGAAUUAUGUGGCUGAGAUUGGUGCUUUUGAUUGGUUUGCAGAAAUGCUCUAUAAAGAAUGUCGUGUUGUUUGGAUAGAUACUCCAAUAAUGCGUUCGUUAAUUACACAAAGAUUAAAUAAAAAUUCUUUUCUUAAAAAUUCAGAGCAAUAUAGUUUUGUAAAAAUUGGCGAUUUUCGUGAUGCAGUAUUUCCUACAAUAUUUAAUUUAUCUAAACGUAAUAAUGAACAAUCAGUGUUACAUAAACCUAAGCAUUUUAUUGUACGAUUAAAAGAAUUUGACAAUUUUGAAAAUGAUAGUGAUCCAUUUGUUGAUUUGUCUCCUCAUAUGCGGUACUUUAUACCUCAGAAUUUAAAUUUGCUGUGUUCUGAUUUGUCAACAUUAAACUCAAAUAUUAUUGUACCAUUUAAAAGCGAAGAAGAUCUGAAACAGCAUUUACAUUAUGCAAAACUAGAUUUUUAUAAAUAAAUAUUUGAAUUAUA